AUGAGAGGCACAAAUGCCGCUCAAGAUUCCAGAUUCAAAGAUAAAGAAGCGGCAUCUAUAAAAGCUACGAAAUUCCCAAAACAUUUCUCUGAAAAAGUCGAUCUGAGGAAAGUGAAUUUAUCAGUAUUGCGGCCUUGGAUAGCAUCAAAAGUGACUGAAUUAAUCAAGAUUGAAGAUGAUGUAGUGGUGGAAUACGUUUUUGGUAUGCUGGAAGAUAAAGAGAAGCCCAUCCCAGAUCCAAAGAAAAUGCAGAUCUCUUUAGUUGGAUUCAUGGAUAAACAUGGUGCAGCAGCAUUCAUGGAUUCUUUAUGGAGUUUAUUACUUUCCGCUCAAAAUACAGUAGGAGGUGUUCCAGCUGAAUUUAUUGAAGCUAAGAAAAAAGAAUUGCAAGCGAAACAAGCUGAAGAGAAAAGAAUACAAGAUACUAGGAAUAUAGGUAGAUCACAAGCUGAAGAUACUUUUGACAGACGAAGGGGCGAUAACGCAUUACCUUCAAGACCUGGUCCGCCACCUAGACGAUCACCGCCUCGAGGAGGUAGAGAUGAAUAUCGACCAAGAGAUAGGGGAGACGAAUAUCGACCCAGACCACCUAGGCGAGAUUUCGAUAGAGAAAGAGAUAAUGGUUAUGGACAACGUCGUGGUGGUGGAUACGAUAGACCAAGAAGUAGAAGUAGGAGUCCGGAAGGUGGUGGCGGUGGUGGUGGCGGUGGAAUGGCUAGAGGAGGUGGAUAUAGACGUAGAUCGCCGUCUCCAAGAAGAAGAUCACCCAGUCCACCCUCCAGAGCUACAAGAAGGGAUUCACCACCUGUAAGACGUAGGAGAUCGCCAAGUCCAUCAACGAGAAGAAGAAGUCCUUCACCCUCAACUAGAAGGAGAGAAAGAUCGAUCACUCCUCUGAAAAAGAAAAGAGAUGAUACCCCGCCAAUAUCGUCAAUAGCACGAUCACCCAGAGGUGAGAAAAGAGAGAAAGGUAGAGCGAGAUCAAGAUCGAGAACUCCAACUCCAAGUGAUCCAGGAACCAACUCAAGAUCCAGAUCACCGACCGUCACUCCGCCGAGAAGGAGGAGGAGAUCACCCAGUGAUAGCAGAAGUAGGAGUCCGAGAGGAGAUGAUAUACAUAAGAAAGGAAGAGGAAGGUUUACGGUAGAAGAUGGGAAAGAAGAGAAGAAAGGGAAAAGCAGAUGGGAUUAA